AUGACUCAUCCUGAAUCAGGCAAGGCAACUUACCGUGAAAGCGAGGCUGUUAGUAUCAGCUGUAAAACCUGUGGUAAACCAGUCCUAUAUGUCAGCUGGAUUCAUAAUGGAAGAGUGAAGAAUUCUGGCUCUAAAACAGCUACACUAAAUUUUAGCUCAAUCAACAAAGCAGAUGCAGGAUCGUAUACAUGCAAAGCGAACAACUCCGCUGGGAUUACAGAAAAGCAACUAAUACUGCUAGUAAACUGUAAGUAUCCUAUGACACACUCAUUCGUCUAGUUUAUUAUUUGAUUACGAUAAAGUUAUAAUUUCCAUUCUGCCAAGAAAUCAUCAGCUUAAUAUUUGACAACUAUUCUUUGAGAUAGAGGUGAAUAGUGGCGAAUAUUUCGCGACGAAGUAGAUAUUCCUUAGGCCGAUUGAAAAUAAUAAUUGUUUUAGUAUAUACACACGAAUUGAUCUCAACAGAAUCAGACAGGGAAUCAUUAGCGUUCGUUUGACGGGUUAAUGUUAAUUCAAUGAGUGAACAUGCUAGCCGUAAACAAGAAGAGAUAGGCAAAAGUUAGACUUUUUACAGUAUUGUCAACACGACAAUACAGAGAUUCUAUCCUUCCAUCCUUUUGAAAGCUAUCGCAUUAGCGGGUUAAAAGGAAUCGUCGAAAGUUUCAAUUAGUACCUCAUCUGAGAAGAAAUAUAGAAAUUUACGAUUCUGUCAACACACCAAUGUUAAAUGUUUUUGAACUAGUCCGACUCCAGAAGUUCAUUUCAUCUUUUAUCUAUUUACAGCUCUGGUGUUACCAUUGAGCACUCUUAUAGCAGAUGAAGUCUUCAUUAAAUCUACUUAUAGUUAUAUAUAUAUAUAUAUAUAUAUAUAUAUAUAUAUAUAUAUAUGAAACUUACGUCGGACUGGCAACAAACUUUAAGGAACGUUACAGAAACCAUCAGUCCUCCUUUCGACGCUCAAACAGAAGAAAUGAAACGGAACUAUCAAAAUAUAUUUGGACUUUACAAGACUCUAACAAACCUUUCCAGAUAAAAUGGAAAGUUUUAAAGAAAUGUAAAGCUUAUAGCAACAUAGCAAAAAAUGUAAUCUUUGUCUUUAUGAAAAGUUUAUCAUCAUUUGUAAAAAAGAGCUUUGUAGCCUAAACAGGCGAAACGAACUAGCAAGUUCAUGCCCCCACAGAAACAGAUAUGUACUUCAGAACUCUAGAGUAACGUAACUAAGACACAAUCCAUCUGUUACCUAGAUACUAUCUCUUAACGCAUCCCUAUAUUUACUGCCAGCUUUUAAUUUUAACGGUCAAUCGUUGAAGUUGCCUGAUGAGUGUGGUCCUACAAUUUCGGACCAUACGAAACAGCACUGUCGCAAUAAACGAUCAAUGAUUACUCCUGAAGCCUGAACUCCUGUGAUUAUUAAUAAUCAAUGCUCUUCAAUUAAAUGGAUUGAGCGCUCUACGGAAUACGUUCUACCCAGAAUACAAAUAUAUAUAUAUAUAUAUAUAUAUAUAUAUAUAUAUAUAUAUAUAUAUAUAAUUUAACUUGGAUUUCUAGGGAAAAAAAGUCUUGUUAGGAAAUCCUGAUCUGAGUUCACAAUCCGGUUUCGUUCUCCUCUGCAGUUGACUUUAAACAUGGCUUCGACCUUUAAAAAAUAAAUCACGCUGUUAACUCUUUGAAGUAUUUUCUUACCUUCAAAAUCAUAACGCUAGGAUUUUCUUUUAUGUUCAAAUAGUUCUCACUCUAAAACUUUGGCAAAACACCCCGGCAAAAAACCGAGAUUACGACAGCGAUUUUGUUUUGCUUAUAUUCACCACAUCAUAGUCCGAGAACCAAUCAGAUUGCUUAAAACGCCAGAAACACUCAUUCUGUAUACACCUACUUCAAUUAAGGUUGCUCCCAUGAACCAUGUUUCAUAGCCUGCAGUGCACUAUGUGACUAUGGCAAACCCUUUUGUAGCGGGAAGUUUAGUCUUGUUCACGUUCAUUAAAAUAAUGAAGACCAUUUGUGAGAAGGCGUUCAAGAGAGCUUUCAAGUCAAAUGCCUGCUAAAAUUCUUAAGCAUGAGCAAGCUGAAAAAUUUCAUUUAUAAAAUCUCAUACUAAAGAAUUAGAAGCCUCUUCAUUUAACAACAUCAAAUGAAAAGGGUUUUACCUCUUACGUUUUUGCGUGGGCCAGAAGCUGGUUAUUUCAAUAAAGCAAAUCAACGCUAUUCUUUUUUUAUUCAGUUUUGUAAAAAAAUGCCUCAAAAAUAGGUAAACACGUAAUGUUAAGUUAUUUGUUGUAGUUCAACAAACGCCUUUAAUUUGAUUUUUUUUACUCCAUCCAAAAUUCCCACGUGCACGAGCCAAGCAAACUCUUUGAAAAUUUGCAGUAUUUGCAUAUGGUCACAGAGAAAAACCUAACUUCAAAUCACUGUCUUAAAUUUGAAAGCCUAGGAUUCAGUGUUUUGAAAUACAUUGUCUUAACGUUCUGCUGAGCAUAAAAGCGUCAGGAACGUUUGCUUUCUAGGUUUCUAGGCUCGUCGGGGGCAAAUAAUUUACAAGACUUGCUACAAUUAAUAAUGCAACGCGGGCUAUGAAACUGGAUCAUGCAUCAUGCAUCAUGCAUCAUGCAUCAUUCUUCUCUGAAGCACCCUUAAUUGAAAUAGGUGUAUAUUAAUUCGGGAAAUUACUAAUGACGGUAGCGCAGGGAGUUAAAGAUUACAUAGGUCCGCUGAAAUUUGGGGAUUGACACGUGGGUCAACUGCAAUGGAAUCGUGUUAAAAAAGUAUUAUUUGGAAACGUACCUAAUUUUGCGUUUAUGGUUAUUGUUGUGCGAUUCGAAAUAGUUUGAAUUCAUUCUUUGGCUCAAUUUAUCGUUAAUCCCUAGUGGGGCAAUGUGCGCGACUCGGAAAAAAUUUUUCAGUGCUAAAAAAAUUAAAGAAAAAUUAGAUGAAAUAAAUAUAUAAGAUUUGCUCAUUCACACAUCUCAAUUAAAUGACUCAUUUCAGUCGAAAUAGGAAGAAAAGUUAUCAAAUCUGAAAUCAAAAACUUUCGAAAAACUAUUUUGUUUGUCUCUGUGUAGAAAUCGGUAGUUGAUAGCAAAUGAGGAAUUCCAGAACUCCUUAUCAGUAUACCGGUUUGUUUCAUAUCAGUCACUUCUAGUGUACAUGUAUUAAUCACUUUAUUUACACAGAGACCCUGGUAUCUUCUAUAUUACUUGUGUGUUUCCCGUUUCCUCUCUUAUAUAUUUCCUCUUAAAUUUAUAAAAUUUGAUCUAAUUGAAACAGUCUUAUAAUAAAUUCUACUCCAGUCGAACGUAACCUAUAUUCAGGGGAUACCCUUGGGAGCAAGGCAAGUGUCCCCUGAAUGGAUGCUUUGCUAAAAUAUAUAUAUUUUUAUUGUGCCUGUCAUGAGAAUCUGCUGCAGUCAUUAUUUAAAGCGGCCAGAUAAUAAUUAAAAAAUCAUGAUUUAAUUUAUGCAAUGAUCUCCGCGAUGUUGUGUGUUGAAUUGCCACAAGUUUAAUACAUUGAUUUGAGCGAAAUAUAGUUCAUAUUUUAAAAGUUGUAGCCAAUUUUACUGGUGAACAGUCGAGCUUAUCAACCUUUUUUUGUGGUCAGUAACUUUUUGAGUAACAAGCGGUCCCCCGAAAGAAGGUUAAAAUCGGGUUUCGGGACCCUGAGAAAGAGCGUCCUUUUCCCCUGAACAGAGGUGUCCCUUCUAAAGCAAACGCAAAGAUUAUGUCUCAACUUUCCAUCGGGACCAAAUUUUGUGUCCACUGAAUAGAGGUGUUCUAAAGGAGAGGUUCCACUGUAUAUCUUGUCCUUCUCCAUUUAUAUUCUCUAACUGUUAUCUUUUAAAGCUGCUUUACUAAAGCAUAAAUGGAGAAAUAGAAUACAAAUACAGUAUAGUACACACAUUCACAUUCGAGACAGUUAUGCAAACCUUCGACUUCGUCUCAGGUUUGCAUAACUGUCUCGAAUUCCCCCAAAAUCUCUCGUGUUUAUAAAAGGCUAUGCAAACACGGAAAACGUUUUCUAUUGCUUAAAUAAUAAAUCAGCCAUUUGCCGUAGUGCCAGCCUUGCAUUCAGUUUUGUUUCAUGUUUAACAUGGGUUUUUCUCGCUUACAAUGUUAGCUUAAGCGAAAAAAAAAAUUGACACAGCAUGUUUCGGAAGAUUUUCCAAGUUUCAACUGAUGAGGGAAUGGGUAUAAAUAAAGUAAAUGUGUGGAGUUUUCAACUCAAAAACGUUUCCAAAUUUGUGAUUGCGUAAUUAGCGCGCCAAAAGCAAAACAUCUUCACGCCACAACCAUGUUUACAUACUCUCAUGCAAACACGCCUAUCGGUCAAUCAGAGCGCGCAUACUAUCUUAGUUAUUUUAUGAAGGCCAAUAAUUAGCCUUCCUCAGGGCCAGAGCUUUACGGACAGAAAAUAUUUUUUAACGGCCCUUAAAAAAUAUUUUCUCUCGGUAUAGCUCUGGCCCUGAGGAAGGCUAAUUUUGUUAGCCAUAUAUUAGUGGCCUAUAAUAAAUCAGCUCUUUGCUGUAGUGCCAGCGUCGCAUGCAGUUUUGUUUCAUUUUAUACACAUCAACUGACGUCUGACUACAUCAUCUUUAAUUAGAGAUCCGGCAAGAGAAACUUGUCAGUAUUAUUUGCGCGUUGCGUGGAUCUCUGCAUUCAAACAGUUUUUCCUAAAUUCUUGUUGUUUGACAAAUGAAAAAAUCUAUUGUCUUUAGAGCCUAUUACAAUUUUUUUAGGGACAAUUGUUCUCUUCUGAGCCACAUGCGCCUGAGACGGUCCUAAAACAUAGAACCUGUUUCUUUCCGUUAUAUAUGUUAUAUAGGAAACUAAUUAUAUUAUAAAGGGAAAAAUGUCAAUAUUAACUCAAAUCACGAUAAUUAAGACAUGGUGUGGCUUUUGACUUCCGCUAAAGACGUUAUUGCAGUUCUAUUGAUGACCUUUUUGCUUCAGCUGAAAGUUGAUUCCAAACUGUCACUUCGAUCGUCACUGUCACUUUCGCUUUUUGUGAGUCGGAGUAGGUGUCCUUCGUUUACUGGCGAAUAAUUUGCAACUGGCUACUCUUCCAACUAACAUGAGAUGCGUUUUAAAUGUUUGUUUGGAAGGUUUACGGAUUGUAUUCCACUUACUGCUAUUUCUUCCGCAUGAAGGUAUGUAUAUAUAUUACAACUUUUAUUUAGGCUAUCAUCGCUCUACAAGAGUCUGUUAAGGUCGAGUAAAACAUACAAAUCUAUGCUGAUUUACGGCUUUCCGUCCAACGCGAACAAUGUACACGACAACCGUUUUAAGACUUAUUAACUUAGCAGAGUAGUAUAGAGAUAGCCUAAGUUCUAAGACUCAUUAUGCCUUUUACAACCUCGCUAAAUUAAGAUGGCGUGCGAAAGAAACAUGAGUGUAUUCGGGGAAUGGUAGGUCAGUCUUAUAAAUAACUUGUAAAUACCCAGUCACCCCUACUUGCUCUAUUCCAAACGUUCCAUACUUAAUUCGUUUCAUGAUAAAACGAACGGCCGUUGAUUAUGGGCCAAAAUUCUGUUGAUCGACAAAAUUGCAGAAAAAAUAUUGUUCUCUAGUGAACAGCCUCGAAAUCAUAAGUUUGUAUGUUUUUGCACCAUUAGCAGACUCAUGUGGACAUUAAACCGGACGUAUUCCAUCGUGUCAUCUAAUCGGAUAAAUUGGACGACCUUGCUUGCGAGACUCGAAGUAAACAAGGAAAUACGGCGACUGUGGUUAGAUGAAAAGUCGGUCACUUAACUCAUAGUUAAUGAAUACUUUUCUUUUAAAGUUUGUAAAAUAUUCAACAAUGAGCCCCUGCAUAAAAACAUUACAAUUACAUGUUAUUCGGAUAAUAAAUUCGUUCUAUACUAUCUGAGACUAGCAUAAGCCGUUACGCCAUUUUUGAAAUAUGUAAAAGAAAAGACCAUGCAUUCCCUACCCCAUAAUGUAGAAUAAGCACAAUUGUGCACAGACGCGGAUCUUAUACGCUUUUAAAUUACCCCUUCUAAUCAUUUUAAUAAUAACCAAAAAUGCAGGAGGUCAGAAUAAUAAGAGCAAGAAUUACAAAUUUGUCUUGCAUUGGCAGUUGUUCUUUCAGUAUGAUGACAGCUAAUUUUUAACCUUUCUUACAGUAAAUCAAAGUUUCACGUCCUCAUAUAACGGAAAUGUUCUUAGAGGAACAGCUGGUUGUUCUGUGAACUUUACUUGGGCCUUCUCAUCAUCGUUUACCAGGGUUGAGUGGGGAUUAGCAGCCACUCCUUAUGCUUUUGAUACUCCGCCUGGGUUGCUAGUGUCUUUUUUUAAAUGCAACCCACUACCAGUUAAACCGCCAGCAGCAUAUACAGGAAGAGUGUCAGGCAGGCAAAGCGGAGGUCAAGUUAUCUUUACUCUUAGAAAUAUUAGCAAGCUUGAUGGAAGGUUGUAUGGCUGCUUGAUUACCGACACAACAGAUCCAGAUGACAAAUCAAGCUUUGAUCACGUCACUCUUGAAGUGGAAGAUGCGCACAUCCUGAGUUAUGCUCGGAGUCACUAGAACUAGACUUUUUCGUAUUAAAAUUCCUUUAGGUUUUAAAGCUGAAAACUGAGCCACAAUUUUUCACAUUAUAACAAUGAACGAUUGUUUUUGGCAAAUGAGCUUUUACUACAAUUGAUUGGGGGAUUAGACGCCAAUGCUGUUGAUUUUGAUACUCCACCUCGAUCUCGCUGACUAUUUAUAGCUAAAGGUGAUGAAAAGAUUGUGGUUCCAGGAUUAGCGAUAAAAAUAAUCCAUUUGAUAACCCAAGCUUUGUCUCCCUCGCCUUUGUUGUCAAAAGUCAGUGCAUUCUUCCGGCGUAGAGUUUUCAAAACCAAAUAAAAUUCUCUAAGCCAAGCCCUUUUUAAAAUAUCUACUUUCCCAUAUAUGGUUAUUAUUCAAAAAAAAAAUUUCACUAAGUUAUGUUUAACCGGCAAAACAUGUACGCUACCAGGAAAAAUCAGGUUCAUGGUGUCCGAUCUGUCCAGAGAGGAUUUAGAAGCGCUUUAAUAAACGAUAUCUUGAUAAAUUCAGUAGCUGUAUAUGUCAAAAUGUUGCGGAUCGCAUAGGUGAUGCGUGAAGGAAUCACAUUUCGAAAUAUUAGAGCACGACGAGAUCAAGAACCAUGUUUACGGCAAACAGCAAACGUCAGAUUCAAUUUGACAAUUUCUCGACAUAGGAAUUUAUUUACUUACUUAAGCCGGGAAUUAUCCCGAGCUGUCCUAAUAAAAUCUUUUCACUCGAGCUGAUUGAGCAUUGCAUCUCUCAUCUCUUUGGUAUUGUCCAGUCCAGGCAGCCUUGAUAGGAACAACAAUUUCCAACAAUUUCCAACAUAGGAAAUGAGCUGAUAAAAACUGUGCCAACUGAUUCUUAUGGAUGAAUCGGGCGUAAAACUACUAUUUUUGGUUGAAAUAAUACCAGCAGUAAACGACAGGCAAAGGGAGAAUUUGGUCACCUGGUACAAAUUUCCGUUUGGCUAAAACUUGAUUCUGAAUCUCUCUAUUUAAAACGGGAGAUACUUCGCGUUGCGAUACAUUACAUUUGUUUCUUUUUUUACUGCCUGUUAGGUGACAUGUAGAUUACUAGAAAGUAAUACUCCAGUACAUGCUCUUAAACAAUUACCCUCACAUUUGUAGAG